AUGGCCCGAGACAGCAAUGAAAAGCGCACUCGGCUCCGCCAACAAUGCCGCGAGGCAUUGGCGAACCAUAUCUAUGAUCUGCUUGCGGUGAGGGACCAUCCCCGGGCAGUAAGACUGAAGCCAGGCCCAAGGGAUGGUCUGGCCAAUGGGUCGGUGGGCCUGUACGAUGCAACAUGCAGAGAUAUCGGUCGGUCGAUCGAGGCCGUCCGUCCUGUUGCAGUGGCAGACGUGGCACGGGGCUCUGAGCGUCCGUCAAUGUCGGAUAAUGAUGAGUCGCUCACUGCGAGGAUCGAGCGUUUAGUACGAGAAAACAACCAACAGCGAGAGGAGCUCGAUCGCCUCCAACAUAAGGUCACGGAGGUCACCGACAUAUCCGAAGGCUGGAAAAUGAGAUGCACGCAACUAGAAAAGGAUCUUCUUAGGGAGCAAAGCAUAGUAUGCAGCUUGGAAGAAGCAUUAAGCGAUCUUCAACGCCAUGUACAUGAAGCUGUCCAAUCAUCGAGACAGCGUCGAUUUCGCCAAGUUAACUGUGAAGACACUGCUUUGGCUCCCACGGAGGUUGAUCGGAACUGA